GCCUCUGCCGCGGCGCUCCGCGGGCUGGCUAGAGCCGGGCUGGCGGGAGUCGCCCACCCAGCUUCAGGGAGGACAGCCUGAGAGCGGAGGAUCCCGGCUAGCCGGCUGCGGGUUUCCGUGUGCAACUUUUUAUCGCCUUGGGGUCCAGAUGCGAGACUUGGAGCUGUUUUCUAACUCUAUCCAUACAUGUGUGUGAUCUAAUAAAAACAUUUUCUCCUCUCCUUGAAGCAGGAGCUUUUUAUGACAUCUCCUUUCUGUCAGAGACACUUGCCUUCUUUGGGUUAUAAACUUUUGAUGCCAGACCUCUGCAGAACGCGCCCAACUGAAUCUUAAAGUAGCUUCACCGAGAGAGGCAGAGAACGCACAAUCUGUGACCUUCGUCCCUGCUCCUUCUUUCGUGUUCUCCCUCCCCGCGGGCUCCCUCCGCCCCAGGGAGCGUCGAGAAAGCUCAUUUUUGGAUGCAGGAGGGGGCAUCUGGUUCUGCUAGGCUGGAAAGCUGAGGCUGGAGCCGAGGAAGAAUUAUUAGGCUCCGGAGAGCCUGGACUCAGCCUCUCCUUCUCCCGCUCCCAGCUCCUGGCUUGCUCUCUCUCCCUCUCUUUGCUUUUGCUCCACAACACUUCCGGCUGUUCUGAGAGGGCAGGGGACAAGGACCGUGCUGCUGCGGGAGUUCUGGGAAGUUGUGACUGACAAGGAUGGGGGUCUGUGGGUACCUGUUCCUGCCCUGGAAGUGCCUCGUGGUCGUGUCUCUCAGGCUGCUGUUCCUUGUACCCACAGGAGUGCCGGUGCGCAGCGGAGAUGCCACCUUUCCCAAAGCUAUGGACAACGUGACGGUCCGGCAGGGGGAGAGCGCCACCCUCAGGUGUACCAUAGAUGAUCGGGUCACCAGAGUAGCCUGGCUAAACCGCAGCACGAUCCUCUAUGCUGGGAACGACAAGUGGUCCAUAGACCCUCGAGUGAUCAUCUUGGUCAACACGCCUACCCAAUACAGCAUCAUGAUCCAGAAUGUGGAUGUAUAUGAUGAAGGUCCAUACACCUGCUCUGUGCAGACAGACAAUCACCCCAAAACCUCCCGGGUUCACCUCAUAGUGCAAGUUCCUCCCCAGAUAAUGAACAUCUCUUCAGAUGUUACUGUGAAUGAAGGAAGCAGUGUGACUCUGUUAUGUCUUGCAAUCGGCAGACCAGAACCAACGGUAACAUGGAGACACCUGUCAGUCAAGGAAGGCCAGGGAUUUGUGAGCGAGGAUGAAUACCUGGAAAUCUCUGACAUCAAACGUGACCAGUCUGGGGAGUACGAGUGCAGCGCCUUGAAUGAUGUUGCUGCUCCUGAUGUGCGGAAAGUAAAAAUCACUGUAAACUACCCUCCUUAUAUUUCAAAAGCCAAGAACACUGGUGUUUCAGUUGGUCAGAAGGGCAUCUUGAGCUGUGAAGCCUCUGCUGUCCCCAUGGCUGAAUUCCAGUGGUUCAAAGAAGAUACCAGGUUAGCCACUGGCCUGGAUGGAGUGAGGAUUGAGAACAAAGGCCGCAUAUCCACUUUGACUUUCUUCAAUGUCUCAGAGAAGGAUUAUGGGAACUAUACCUGUGUGGCCACAAAUAAGCUUGGGAACACCAAUGCCAGCAUCACACUGUAUGGGCCUGGAGCAGUCAUUGAUGGUGUAAAUUCGGCCUCUAGAGCACUGGCUUGUCUCUGGCUCUCGGGGACCUUCUUUGCCCAUUUCUUCAUCAAGUUUUGAUAAGAAACCAUAGGUCCUCUGAGCAACGCCUGCUUCUCCAUAUCACACAGACUUUAAUCUACACUGCGGAGGGCAAACCAGUUUGGGCUUCUUUUUGUUUACUUUUGUUUUUCUUGAAUUUUGUUUGUUCAUUUUCUGGGAUUGAUUUUCAAUUUGAUUUGAUUUUUCUCUUUUUUAGUUUGAAUGAGUGGGGUUGGGGGUUGGGGUGGGCAGGGGUCUACCAAGGGUAGGAUAAUCAUUCAUUGGUGUGCCCCCAAAUGGAAUCUGUUCCUGCUGCCUUGGCCUUCCUUUUCUCUACUUCUCUUCCCACAACCAUUAACACACACACACACACACACACACACACACACACACACACACACAGAGGCAUUCUACAAAACUGGGCAAAAAGACUAUGUCCCAUGACAAACACCCUGAAGGUACAACUUGACUUACAAUGUAGUCCACAGUAAG